UGUCAAAAACAACACGAAAAUAUUGCCACGGCUGUAACCUUACUAAAUUUGCCUUUGCCGAGGCAAUACAUAUUUGUUUAUAAACGUUUUGUAGCAUUUAUUUUUUAAUAAUUUUUAUGAUAAAUGUUUAAAUUUUAAAAAAUUUCGUAAAGUUUUUAUUUAUUACAAUAUGGAGCCCAAAAAGAUAUCAUUUGGUUUUAGUAAAAUUAAUAAAAAACUAAAUUUAUUGCCCAUUAAAGAGAAUGUUCAAAAGGAAACCAAAGUGGAAUUGAUAAAAUGCUUGGAAGGACAAGAAAUUAAAUUAGUUGAAGAAAAACCAGAGGAACUGCCUUUAAUAAUACCUUUAAAGGAAUCCCAUAAAACUUCGGCUGCCCUGGCCAGUUUAAUAAAAAGACGGGCAGUUUUGCUGGGAGAAGAAGAGACGGAAGAAAGUACAGAGAAGAAAUAUGUUACAGCCCCUAUUAGCAAUGAAGGUCCCGAAGAUAUAGAAAAACGCGCCGCCAGAGAACUUUUAGCUGACGUUCAAAAGAAUGAUGCUGCUACCUCAAACAAUAAUUUAGUUUUACCCGUUGUAAAACCUGAGGAUUUGCCUUUAGACGGCGCUAAAGAAUCCACUUUAGAUGAUUAUGAUUCCAUACCCAUACAAGAUUUCGGCAAAGCUAUGUUACGCGGCAUGGGUUGGAGCGAACCACCAGCUACCAAAAACAAAAAAGGUUCUCUACCCAUCGACGAUACACCUAUGGUAAGACCAAAAGGUAUGGGUCUGGGUGCGGAUAAAGCUUUAACUAAAAAACCUCUUUUAGUGGCGCCCGAAGCUAAUGAAGUGUUGGAGGUUAAACGUAAUGCUUAUGUGCGAAUUUUGGGUGGUAAACAUAAAGAUCUGUAUGGGCAAAUCGAAGGUUUCGAUGAUCAUGCUGGUAGGGUUAUUGUCAAAAUGGCGAUAGGUGGUGCUAAGGAAGCGUUUAAUGAGUUUCUUUGCCAGCCGGUGUCGAAGAAGGAGUAUGCUCAAUAUGGAAAAUGUAUAAGGACACCUCCAAAAUAUGAAGAAUACAAAAGGAAGGAAAAUGAACAUGGUCAAAUUAUUUUGGAUAAGACGAGAGGACAAAGAUCGCAGAAGGGAAAAAAUAGAGAUGAAGGGGAACAUAUUAAAAGGCAAAAUGAUAACAAAAGAGAUUAUCCGAGAGAUGACGAGAGGGAUCGCAGAAGGGAAUAUAGCAGAGAUGAUGAAAAAGAUCGCAGGAGAGAAAAUAACAGAUAUGAUGACAGAGAUCGUAAAAGAGAAACUAACAGGGAUGAUAAACGAGAUCAUAGAAGAGAAUAUAACCAAGAUGAUGAGAAAGAUCGCAAAAGGGAUUAUAAUAGAGAUGAUGAACGGGAACGCAGAAAAGAAUAUAACCGGGAUAAUGAGAGAGAUCGCAGGAGGGAUUAUAGCAAAGAUGAUGAUAGUAGCAGGAUAGUUAACGACAGAUACCGCAAGAGAGAAGACAACACAGAUAAUGAUAGAGAUCGCAGGAGAGAUAAAGAUGAUGGACGAGAUCGAAAAUUUGAUGAUAAAUCUCGCUACAAAGAAUCAAAUGAUCUUGACUAUAGCUCUUCCAUUAGAGAUAAAGAAAGACAACGAGAACGCGAACGACAACAGCACAAAGUAAUUGCUGUAGAUGAUUCCUCCGAUUCGGAAAAUGAAACACAUACGUCCAAACAUAAAAAAUCAAAGAAAUCAAAACAUGCUAAGAAAAAAUUCAAAAAAUCUAAAUCAAAAUAUAAAAAUGAUUCAUCAGAAGAGGAGACCUCAUCAUCGCCAUCAUCAACGGAUUCUUCUACAGAUAGCGAGGAGGAAAAACAUAAAAAACACAAAAAGAAAACCAAGAAAAGUAAAAAACAACGUGAACGUUCCCGUUCUAGAGGAAGAAGAUGAUUUAAUAAUUAAUUUAAAAUGUAAUAAAAGUUUCUUUAAUAAAUUAAAAAAAAAACUUGUUUUUAAUUUAA